AUGAAAACUGGAAUUCUACAAUUGUUGUAUCAUAACCCUUUCACUAGGUUAGAUCAUGAAUACCCUUACACUCAUCUCACAAAAUUAUUUGAGAUAACGGGUGCUAUAGGAGCUCCGGAGGAGGAUGAAGAACAAAUUUUUAAAAGAUUAUUUCCAUAUUCGUUGAUUGGUAAAGUUAAGGAUUGUUAUCUUGACCAACCUAAUCAACUCAUGACGAAUUGGAAUAGGCUUGGAGAAAAAUUUCUUGAAAGGUUUUUCCCACAAUCACGUUUCUUGGAAGCUAAGACGGCUAUAUCGGUGUUCUCUAAAGGUGGAGUCGAGUCAUUAAAUGAAGCUUGGGAAAGGUAUAAAUCUAUGUUGAGAAAAUAUCCCAGUCAUGGUUUUGAUGCCAUUACCCAAAUGCAUAUUUUUCGAAAUAGACUACAACCACAACCAAAGCUUUUGUUAGAUGCUACGGCGGGAGGAUCACUUUUGUCAAAGACAAUGCAAGAGGCGGUUGAAAUUAUUGAAAGAAUGGAAAGGAACGACCACCAAGUCUAA